GUGUCCACGGAUCUCCAUACAGUGAUCUCCAUUUUGAAUGUUUUUAUGGUUUUUGGUUUUAUGGCACGCCUCUUUUCUCAUGACCAAAACGAGUAAAUUAACUGGAUUACCCUGAUGGUGUUAUGAAUUCUGACUCAAAGGCUGGACUAUAUCUGGCCUGCGAUAUUUUCACGCAGUUUGCGAUUUCUCCUGCUUUUGUCACGCGACCUCGGACCUCGUAUCAACUGUGAAGGCUUUCGUGUUAUUGCUAAUCGCUAACAUCAGAAACCUCUAAUCAAAACAAUGUCAUAUGAAUCAACAAAUCAAAACAGGAGCCUAAAUAUCAAAUGCUGUGCGCACCGCAUAUACACAUCAAUUGAUGGUCCUUAUACUGAGACGGAAAGUUUCCCCCACUACUUGGUGCAGGUUGCCAGCUUGAUCAGGGCCAUGACCAGUGGUGGACAGUAACGAAUAAUGUGAGAUGGAUCAAGGAGGACUUAAGAACAGUACAAAGAGAGAUGAGUGUUUGAAUACAUUGGAUUACAGUAACAGCCCAUCUAAGGGGAUUUUGUGAAGCGGAAUACAAAGUAUCAUGUCUGUCGCCCCAACCUCAAUGGUUUCUCAACCCAAUCCAUUAAUGCAGCCUGUUUCUGGGGACCUUCCUAAUGGCCUGAGCAAUUCACCUACUCUGAAGGAGCACACCACCUCUGUAUCCUCCACACUCGGAUUCUUUAUGGAGGAUUCAGAACUCAAAAUGGGGAAGGAUCGGAGGGCCCAACAAAACCAGACUCUGGCCCCUUUCACUCUGGGGGACAACUUCUCAGGUCUGGAGGCCAGCAUUGCAAACCUUAAUAGCAUCUCUCCUUCAAUGGACUCUCUGAUUGGUGGAGUGGAUCCCAAUCUCUUUCCUUUAAAAACAGAGGACUUCUCUCCCAUGGAUAAAGCCGAUAUGGACCUUGACCAAGAUUCUUUCGGGCCCAUCAGUAAGGAUGUUGACAUCGGUAGUAAGCUCUUUAGUGACAACACUCUGGACCUCCUGCAGGACUUUGAGUUAGAAUGCUCACCCUCUGAUUUCUACAUGGGGGAUGAUGCAUUCCUCUCCACCAUUGAUGAUAAUUCUCUGCUUGGAGACUUGCCAACAAAUUCAGAGAGGGACUCGAAGCUGGUGGUCUCAGUGAGCAGCACUGCUAAUGGUACAACCAACUCCAGCCCAUCCAGCAACAACAUUGUCACCAUCAGCUCACCCACUGUAAAGGUGGAGAAAGACUCCAUAAUCCAGCUGUGUACUCCUGGGGUAAUCAAACAGGAGAAAAUUGGGACUAACUACUGUCAGGCAAGUCUCCGUAGCACACCCAUUUCCAUUUGCAAUGUCACCACUUCAAGUGGACAGAGCUUACUCUUUGGAACCGGCUCAUCCAUGGCUGGUGUCAGUCAACAAAAAGAUCAGAAGCCUGUCUUCAAUGUGUACACCCCUCUGGCCUCUUCAGAAGAUGGUUGGAGCAGGGGCCAGGGCUAUGGAAAUGCAAAUGGAAUUUCCAAAGCUUUCACAACCUCCUAUGCCAGUCUUGCAGUGAGACCUGAAAAUCGCACUGACACACCCUCAUCCGUAGGGAAGUCCAGCACCGCCACACACAAGAUCUGUCUGGUGUGCUCCGAUGAAGCUUCAGGCUGCCAUUAUGGAGUCCUCACCUGUGGUAGCUGCAAGGUCUUCUUUAAGAGAGCAGUUGAAGGGCAACACAAUUAUCUGUGUGCUGGAAGGAACGAUUGCAUCAUUGACAAAAUCCGCCGGAAGAACUGCCCUGCUUGUCGUUUCCGCAAAUGUCUCAUGGCAGGCAUGAACCUGGAGGCCCGUAAGACCAAGAAAGGCCGUCAACUUGGCAAGGUAGUCUAUCAGGAAACGGUUCCCGAGCAUAAACUCCCUCCACUGCCCGAAGCCCAGGCACUGGUGCCCAAACCCAUGCCUCAGCUAGUGCCUACCAUGUUGUCUCUACUGAAGGCCAUUGAGCCGGACACCAUCUACGCAGGAUACGACAACACCCUACCUGACACUUCCACCCGCCUUAUGACCACUCUGAACAGACUAGGUGGCCGGCAAGUCAUCUCCGCUGUCAAAUGGGCCAAAGCACUGCCAGGCUUCAGAAACCUUCACCUGGAUGAUCAGAUGACCCUCCUGCAAUGCUCCUGGCUCUUUCUCAUGUCUUUUGGAUUAGGCUGGAGAUCAUACCAGCAGUGUAAUGGAAAUGUGUUGUGUUUUGCUCCAGACCUGGUGAUUAAUCAAGAGAGGAUGAAGCUGCCGUACAUGACUGAUCAGUGUGAACAGAUGCUGAAGAUCUCCAGUGAAUUUGUCAGGCUGCAAGUUUCAAAUGAGGAGUACCUGUGCAUGAAAGUCCUUCUGCUGCUGAGCACAGUGCCGAAGGAUGGUUUGAAGAGCCAGUCUGUGUUUGAUGAGCUACGAAUGUCCUACAUUAAAGAAUUGGGCAAGGCCAUUGUGAAGAGAGAGGAGAACUCCAGCCAGAACUGGCAAAGAUUCUAUCAGCUAACUAAGCUACUGGACUCCAUGCAUGAUAUGGUGGGUGGACUCCUGAACUUCUGUUUCUACACAUUUGUAAAUAAAUCCUUGAGUGUGGAGUUUCCCGAAAUGCUUGCAGAGAUCAUCAGCAACCAGUUACCAAAAUUCAAAGCUGGGAGUGUCAAACCGCUGCUGUUUCACCAGAAGUGACAUUUCUCCCAGCAGUAGGACAUGAUGCCUUAAAUGCCCACCCUGUUCUCUCUCUCCACCCUCCACCCGCGACAGCAGACUGAAGGAGGUAGUGCAGUGUGCACUGCAGCAAGGGGAGAGUGAGAGGCAGGGACUGUAUGCAACCCAGCACAGAGCUCCAUUACUGAUGAGAAAAAAGUGGAGCGAGAGGAAGAGACGGGUAAUUAAACAAAAAGGUUCUAAAAAGCUAAUGACAUAACCAUGAAUCUUAUGUAUAGUAACCGAUUGUCCCAUAUACACUGAUCAGCCACAACAUUAAAACCACCUGCCUAAUAUUGUGUAGGUCCCAUGCAUCCAGCCAAAACAGCACCAACCCGCUUCUCAGAAUAGCAAUGUUUUGAAAAGUGAAAGUGUACUAUAUAAUCUGCACAUACUGGAAUGUAAGUGCUGUGGUGCUACAGCUGCUCAAAAAAUUCAAGAUGUGUGAACCUAUAUAUAGUGACCUUAGAGAAUUAGCUUUCUUCUACUAAUUGUUUAUACUGGGAGUCAAACACCAGAGACGACAUACACCGACCGAUCAGCCACAAUGUUAAAACCACCUGCUAAAAUUGUGUAGGUCCCCUUCGUGCCGCCAAAACAAUGGCAACCAGCAUCUUGGAAUGGCAUUCUGAGAUGCUUUUAUUCUCACCACAAUUGUACAGAGCGGUUAUCUUAUACUUAGUCAGUUCGAACCAGUCUGGCUAUUCUUUGCUGACCUCAUCAACAAGGCAUUCAUCCCCAGAACUGUCGCUCACUGGAUGUUUGUCUCUGUAUGUUGUCUCAGGUGUUUGAAUCUCUGUAUCAACAAUUAGUAGAAGAAAGCUAAUUCUCUAAUAGUUUCACACGUCUUUAAUUUUUCAGAUGUUGCACCAAAGCACUUACAAUCCAGUAUGUGCAGAUUAUAUAGUACACUUUCACUUUUCAAAACAUGAUCUUUUAUGUCAAUCAAAAUAGACUUUGAACUUCAACUGAUACAAGUAUAAAAUAAUCAUUUAAAUAAAAUGGACCAUAAUAAUGGGUUUAGCUUGGUUUGGAAAUCAAAUACAUUUUGUAUAACUGCAAAUCUUUACUGUUUUAAAAGUCAUGUCGCUAACUGCUAACAGCAUUACAUCCAUGUACAGAAAAGGGAAAAUGUGCCUUUUUUAGCUUAUUUUAAGCCUUUUUCUUUACCUGUCCACACCAGACAUUUUGCAUCAGUUGUGUUAGGACUUCAUAGUUGAUUGUACUUUUAUACCCAAUUGCACUUGUAAUUUUACAAAUGGUCAUGUUUAUUUUUGGCAGCUCAGUGAUCUGUUGUGUGUACUUAAAAAAAAUUAUCCUUAUUGAUAUGGCAUAGAGUUAUGGAGUCUGACGAUCGACAUACUUUUUAUAUUGGUUGGAUGUCAGUCGAGAAAUGCAAUUUGAGCACUUUCACUCCUUUUUAAAUGCUUUAAAAAAGCUGGUUUAAGUUUGAUCUGCAGAAAUAUACUAUGUGUAUUAGAGUAUAAAAAGCCAUUUCUUUAUUAAUUUUCACCUCGUAUAGGAAGUAUGCAAUGUAAAUCAUGAGUUGACAGUUUUGUUCAUGUUGUCGUCUUUGUUCCUUCGCUGUUGCAGGCUUACAAAGUAAUGCUGCAUUACACAACCAAAAUAGUGAAUGCAGAUUACAUUACAUAUAACACUCUGGUUCAAUAAAGAUGAAAGUUUUUUUGUCAAUGAUAAGGAAUAGAAAACAGUACAAUCAUACAUAGCUACACCAAACAUCAGCACCUCUCAAACUCUAGAUUGUUUCUACUAUAGCAGAGUACAUGUUUUUUAAUUCAUUAAACUAACCUUGUUUUUUUCUUUCCGAGUGCUAACAAUCAUUGUUGGUGCAAUCAGUCAUACUGCAGGGUUCACUCUCUGGGAAUUUCUACUCACUUGUAAUGUUGCAAUCUGUUAUUUCUGUGCCAAACAUAGUUUGAUUUGAUUUGUACAAUCUAAAACUCUGCUUGUCUUAACAUGUCAAAGAUGUAUAUUGAAGAGGGGUAAAAAAAAAACAAAAAGAGAACAAUAUAUAUAAUUUUAUUUUUCUUCUGUGGAAGUGUAAUACAUUAUGUUCAAAACAUACAUAAACAAACAGAUGAUAUCACCAGCUUUAACCUGCUUAGCAUUGCAUUGUGUGGUACAGACAUAGAGCUCAACAGUUAUUCUCAAAUUGUAAUCAAUAUCCGGGCAGCACUUUUCACACUUUGCUCUUCUGUAUCUACAGAUAUAUAUGAAACAAAUAAACAGAUGUAUUUACAUAAA